AUGAAUGAUUCAGAAGGAGAUUCUAUAAAAGUAGUUAUUCGUGUUCGACCGCUAUUUUCAGGAGAAACGAAUGAACAAAUUGAAUGGAUCGCUUAUGACGGUCGAUUUAUGCAACGAGUUAACGGAAAUGAAAUCUAUGAAUUUGAUCGUGUUUUCGAUUCAUUAUCAAAUACAAAGGAUAUUUAUCGCGAAUAUGUGCAGAGUAUAAUAGAUUCAGCAAUAAAUGGUUAUAAUGGAACGAUUCUUGCAUAUGGUCAGACUGCUUCAGGCAAAACUCAUACAAUUUUUGGCUCGUGUUCAGAAGAUGGUAUUAUUCAAAUGGCUAUAAGAUCAAUUUUCGACGCUAUUGCUUCUAGAAGCACAAGUCGUUAUCUUCUUCGCAUAUCUUUUAUUGAAUUAUAUAAUGAAAAAGUAAGAGAUCUGCUCGUCGAUAAUUCAAAAGAUCUUUCUGUUAAAGAAAUUAAAGAACAGACAGUUAUUCAAGGUAUCAAAGAAGAAGUUAUUACGAGCGAUACUAGUGCUGAUUACCUCAUACGAAUGGCUUAUGAUCGACGUGUAGUCGGUGAAACUACUUCGAAUCAGAGGUCUUCCAGGUCACAUGUUAUUAUACGUUUGAUAAUUGAGAGUCAUGAUGCUCUUCUGGGAGAGUCCUCAGUCUCAUAUAUUUCACAUUUGAAUAUAGUUGACCUGGCUGGUAGCGAAAAUUCGAAUUGUGUGAGUUGCCAGAAAGAACGGAUCGUUGAAGGAGCAAGUAUCAAUCGGAGUUUAUUAGCACUGCUUAGAGUAAUUCAGCAGUUAAGUGAUAAGUGUGAUCAUAUAAGUUUUCGUGAUUCAAAAUUGACUCGUUUAUUGAAAUCGUCGCUUGGUGGCAAUGCAAGAACCAUUAUAAUAUGCAGUGUAUCUCCUUUAGUAAAUACAGAAACUUUGCAAACACUGAGGUUUGCUUCUCGCGCGAAGAUAAUCAAAAAUCGUCCUGUUCAAAAUAAAACCUCAGAUGAUGCUCUUUUAUCGAGAUAUUUGCGGAUGAUCGAAGAUUUAAAAGCACAGUUGAAGGAAAAUCAGAGAAUCGAAAAAAAUGAGCGAGAUGUCGCCAAUUACAAGGAAAAUUUAAUUAAACUGAAAGGAUGUAUACUUUACGGUUCGAAUUUUAGUGGUUAUCAGAAUCGACGUAAAACGUGGGGUGGAGGAAGAUUCAUCUGUCCAAGUGAAUUUUCACUUAAGGAGAAUACUUUGAAAGAAGAUGCAAAUGAGGCUUCUUAUAACUUAUCGGUUUAUCCUUCGGUCGAUGGUGGAUCAAUGAAUUCUAUAGAAGAAUUCCAAAAAAAUUGUGAGGAAAAUGAAAAUGCAAGUGUCCUUGACUAUUCUAUUAUUGGAUUUUCAACAUGUCAUCAGGAAAUAGAUGAUACGCUAUCAGAAGAGAACCGUUUUCAUAAUCGGACAUCAUCAACGCAAACAAGUACGAUAUCGAUAACAGUUAGUACUGAAAUAGAAGCUGAUUUAUUCAGUAUGGUGGAGAAAUCUUGUCAAUGUCCUGAAGACAAUCCUGAUUUGCCAUUAUACAACGAUCGACAAUCCUUUGAAGAACGGUUUAAAAUAAGCGAAUCAAAAAAUAUGGAAUUGAUGAAUAUUAUCGCAGCACAUGAAAAGAAGAUUGAGAACUAUCUGGCGAUUCUUAAAGUUGGUAAAGCAAAGUAUGGAAAAAUCAAGGUUGAGAACUAUGAAAAGAAUGCGCUUAUCAGAGAAUUAGAGGAACGCAUUGCAAUAUUGCAAAAAGAAAAUGAUCAUAUACUUAAUUAUCAACGUGAAUUACUCUCCAGUAAAGUGACGCUAGAAUCGAUCGUUGAUGAUGGAAAAAAAGAGAUUAUAAAUCUGAAAACAAUAAUCGACAAAAAGAAUAAAGAUGAAAUCUCAAAAAAUAUAGAAAUUGAGAAAUAUCGGAUUGAAAAGAAUGAAGUUGAAAAAAAAAAAUUGAUAUUUCUCAUUGAAUGUAAUUUAGGGCAACGUAAAACAAGUUUACCGACUAAUCCACUAUCUGAAAUCAUGCCGCUUGAUGUCUUUUCGCCUCCAGGACAAUCAUCACCUAAUCUUACACCAUUAUCGUAUUUUAAAAAAGUUAAAUUCAAAUAG